CCCCCCUGGGAGGGUCCCCUUUGCAGCGCAGUCCAGUAGUUCGCGAAGUAGAUGGAGUGAGAAAGAGAGAGAGGGGGAAAGAGGAGCCCGUGAACGGAAAGUACUACUUACAUUCAGUGAAUUUUGACACGACGGGACGCGGCUUUUUGACACUGUCACUUUUGCUCGAGGAUCGUCCUCCUGUGCCGUCAGCAACAGCCACCAUCGCCUUCAAUCUUGAAAACUCAGAAAACACGUUCGCGUUGGCUGGCAUGAGCUAACCCGUAAGAUAUGGAAACAAAACCUUUCUUGUCACUGGGGUUUCUGAAGCCCCAGUGCUCACUAGCGGCACCCUCCCAGUGCGGACGGCCGGGGGAGGCCUGUUCCUGCUUCAGCGGCAUGUGCCCGCUUCACCAGCGCCGCAUAUCCACAGAAACACGACCGCAUACCGCCGGCGGACCGCGUGACGUCUUUUCCGCUGAUUGGAGGAGGGCUUACCCACGUGUCGAGGCCCUUGCUUGGUGCCCGCCCGCCUGCGCUGGUGCCCUCCGAGACAAAGACUCCUCGGGCCAGCUGACGCCGUCACCCCUGGGCUCGCCCACGUCCCACCAUGGCAUGCACCCAUCGCUGCUGAGCCCGCCUGCCAUGGGCCCGUCGGGGCCGUCGCUGCACUCGCCCAUCAGCACUCUGAGUUCUUCCAUGAACGGCCUGGGUCCGCCCUUCUCUGUCAUCAGCUCCCCCAUGGGUGCCCACUCCAUGUCGGUGCCCUCGCCCGGGAUGGGCUAUGGGCCCAGCAUCAGCCCCCAGGUAACCCCCUACCAGCUCAGCUCCCCCAUGAACUCGGUUAGCAGUUCAGAGGACAUCAAGCCCCCGCUAGGUCUGAAUGGCGUGAUGAAGGUGCCUGCCCAGCCCUCUGGCAACCCGCUGGCUCUCACCAAGCACAUUUGCACCAUCUGUGGUGACCGGUCCUCGGGUAAACACUACGGCGUGUACAGCUGCGAGGGCUGCAAAGGCUUCUUCAAGAGGACAGUGAGGAAGGAUCUGACCUACACCUGUCGAGACAACAAGAACUGUCCCAUUGACAAGAGACAGAGGAACCGCUGCCAGUACUGCCGCUACCAGAAGUGUCUGGCCAUGGGCAUGAAGAGAGAAGUGUUGGUAUAUGCAGCUGUCCAGGAAGAGCGUCAGCGCGCAAAAGAGAGGAACGAGAAUGAGGUGGAGUCCACCAGCAGUGCCAACGAGGACAUGCCCGUAGAGAAGAUUCUGGAAGCAGAGCUGGCUGUGGAGCCCAAGACCGAGACCUACAUUGAGACCAGCCUGGGCAUGACAUCCAGCUCGCCCAACGAUCCGGUGACUAACAUCUGCCAGGCUGCGGACAAGCAGCUCUUCACGCUGGUGGAGUGGGCCAAGAGAAUCCCACACUUCUCUGAGCUGCCGCUGGACGACCAGGUCAUCCUCCUGCGAGCAGGGUGGAACGAACUCCUGAUCGCCUCCUUCUCGCACCGCUCCAUAACCGUCAAGGACGGGAUCCUUCUGGCUACAGGCCUGCAUGUCCACCGCAACAGUGCCCACAGCGCCGGAGUGGGGGCCAUUUUCGACAGGGUGCUGACAGAGCUGGUGUCCAAGAUGAGGGACAUGCAGAUGGACAAGACGGAGCUGGGCUGCCUUCGAGCCAUCGUCCUCUUUAACCCAGAUUCCAAAGGCCUGUCAAACCCAGGGGAGGUGGAGGCUUUGAGGGAAAAGGUAUACGCCUCACUGGAGGCCUACUGCAAGCAGAAGUACCCGGACCAGCCUGGGAGGUUCGCCAAGCUGUUACUCCGCCUUCCUGCCCUGAGAUCCAUCGGGCUGAAGUGUCUGGAACACCUGUUCUUCUUCAAGCUAAUAGGAGACACGCCCAUCGACACCUUCCUCAUGGAGAUGCUGGAAGCCCCGCAUCAGAUGACAUAGUUGGGGGAGGGGCGUGGCCUGCCAUUUCCGGAUGGGGGGUGGGGGGCGUGCAAUCUAACCAUCUGUACAGACUGGUGACCCAGAACCCCCCCCCCCCCCCUCCACCUCCCUCGCCAGCUUGGCUUCACGUCUGUCUGAUGAGCUCAUCGCUUCUAUGGGUCUGUUUUAUACUUUGUACAAACAUAUAAAUAUACUGUUUUUAAAAAAAAAAAAAAAAAACUAGGGGACUGAGGUGCCGUCAAAGUGGGGUGGGGGGUGCAGCUCCAGAAGUGCGUGAGAAAGGGGUCUGAAGACCUGCUCCGGAAGUUUUUGAAAUGCGUUACGAGCAGCAAGAUUUUUUUUUUCAUAGGAUGCUGAGCGUUUACUGGGACAAUUGUGCCGUUCUCAGCCCUGGAGGGGGGGGGGGGCAGGGCAUGGACACGGAGAAAAUGUGCGCCGCUUCCUGGCCUAAACGACAGAGCUGGAAGAGGAGAACAGGGACUAGGAGGCAGAAAAGGAGGCGGUGUGUUUUCGUCAGAGCUAACGAAGUGGUGCUUCGGGGUGCCGUCCCCCACCCCCUGACCUCUCUGUCCCCCCCCUUGGUCCUCAUGCUGAGGGGCAUCGUCACAGUUCAACAUCCUACAUUCAUCAUCACCAGAUGCAGUAUUGGUAGCGUUCUACAGUCGUGCAAUUCUUUUGUAACCCACUGUUCCAGCCCCUAACUUGCGGGUGUGGUGGGGGGGGGGGGGGGUUAGUACUCAGCAGCACGUGACCCGUGGAAGUCGGUAGUUCACGGAACAAAUACCUAUGCAGUAGAACCUAGAAUCUGUUUGUGUCCAGUUCCCCAUCCUCUGGCACUCAAACAGGGCUUCUCAGCAAAGGCUCUGCCUCGCUCAUUCUACCUCGGUGGGGGGGACCAGAGCAGUUGUAGCAUCGGGGGCCAUUCCGACUCCCAACCCCCCC